AAUCGCUGGCUGAUAUCGAGUCAUCACCAGUCUGCACCAUCUUGGUUUUCCGAGAAUUGGUUUAGCAUUGUGGACGCCUGUACAUCAUGCACAUGGUUAGUUCCGUUUUCAAGAAGUAUUACACUCAUGAAAAAAGUGUUACUCACAAACCAGCACCCCAUUUACACCAAACCCACAACAUACCAACACCCACACAAUCCGAUUUUUAUACCUCGAACAGCCCGCGCCACGGUAUAUGCUAGUUAUUAAAAUGUUUCAUGGCUUAAUGGAAGAAUGGCUUUUGAGAUUUUUGAAAAUAUGAGAUUUUGAGAUUUUUGAAAAGAUGGUUGAGCCGCUCGCCGAACAUAGAGCUCGCCAUCUAACGGUACGUUAGAUCAUCGGGUGAAGUGGUGUUGAUGUUAUCGGUUCAUCAAUCAAUAGUUUGAUUGCAAUUGUAGUGAUAUAUCUAUCCAAAAUCACUGCUGGUCAUUUGUAGGCCAAUCAAUGUGCAAUAGGUCUGUCAAUCAACAAGAUGAUAAGAGUCACUUUCGAUACCUAUUAAGUGACUGUACACUGGACUGUAUGCUAUUGUUUAAGAAUGUAUUAUCAAUGUAUUUUCGAUGUAGUGAGGAAUUGGAACAAGGACACAGAAAUUAGAAACUUUUAGAUUUGCAAUAUAUUUCUUGUGCUUUUACCAUCGAUUUGUCUGAUCGACGAUACCAAUGUAAAUGUACCUUCAUUCAUAAGACGCUGAUGUAUUAGGUUUUCUGGAGCAGCGGUCCUAAUUUAACCUUUUUUGUAACAACACGGCGAGGGAAGGAUGACGUGUCAAGGUGGAAAACCAAGAUACUGCAACUGGCGCUAUGGAAUCGCUUACAUCGGUUUCCUUGGAAAUACACUGAUGUAUGGGAUGCGAUUAAACCUGAGCCUCGCAAUCGUUUGUAUGGUCAAAAGAGCAGCCAAUCAGAAUUCGACUACAGCAACCAAUGAAACCUUUCCAUUUUUGAAUGACACAAUUGACGUAAAUGGAACUACCACAACGGGUCUCGAUGGCGCAUGCGUUAACCAGGCGGGGAAUGACACUCGGUUUGAAGUUGAAGGUACAUUCGAGUGGUCACGCUCUCUCCAAGGCGCCAUCCUCAGUGCCUACUUCUACGGCUACAUCGUUACUCAGAUUCCUGGCGGGUGGCUGGCUAACCGAAUCGGGCCAAGGCUGGUGCUUGCUGUGGGUCUCGGACUCUCAGGCCUGUGCACCUUACUGACCCCAUUGGCGGCUAGGACGAAUGUCUAUUUCGUGUUGGUGUUGAGAGUCAUUUGUGGCUUAGGAUCGGGCGUCAACUUCCCCGCAUACCAUACGCUAUGGUCAAGAUGGGCGCCCGUAUACGAGAGAACCAAAUUGGUGUCUGUUUGUUAUUCAGGCUCAAUAACCGGAAACAUCGUCACUUACUUCAUAUCCGGUUAUCUUUGCGUGUAUGGUUUCGACGGAGGUUGGCCAUCUAUAUUUUACAUCAUAGGUAUCUUCCAAAUUGUCUGGCUGGUGCUAUUUCUGAUCUUGGUCUACGAUUCGCCCACCACCCACCCAUUCAUAGAACAAGAGGAGCGAGACUAUAUCAUUAAGGAAAUUGGCUCUGUAGCAGAACAUGAGAAGAAUCAAAAUAUUCCUUGGCUGACGUUUUUCAAGUCGCCUCCGCUAAUGGCCAUCCUGGUCGCUCAUAUCUGCAACAACUACUGCCAGUACACCAUCAUCAUCUGCCUCCCGACUUACAUGAGGGAUGUCCUCAAGUUUGAUAUGAAACAGAAUGGUCUAUAUUCCUCGCUACCAUACGUGAUCAUGUUCGUCAGUACAAUCAUCUUCGGUUGGGUCGCCGACAACCUGAGAGAGCGGGGCUUCAGGACAGUCAUUGUGAGGAAGGUUUAUCAAUCCCUGGGUUCGAUCUUGCCCGGUGCUUUCCUCGUCGCCGCCAGCUUCGUGAGCUGUGAGACCCGUAUGACAGCUGUAGGCCUCCUGGUGGCUUCAGUAGGAUUUUCAUCUUUCAACCGCUCAGGUUAUGUAGUCAACCACCUGGAUAUAGCACCACGCUUUGCUGGCAUUCUGAUGGGUCUGACCAAUACUUUUGCCACGGUUCCUGGCAUGAUUGCUCCUGUCAUCGUUGGACAAUUAACAACUAAUGGGACUCGAGAGGAAUGGCAAAUCGUGUUCUAUAUCUGCGGCGCCGUCUACCUACUCGGCACAAUCGUCUUUCUUAUCUUCGCUGCCGGGGAGGAGCAGCCUUGGGCAAAAGAAGAUCGACCUAGACAGGACAGGGAAAUCAAAUACAAGAGACAAAUAAAAUACAAAGCGCAUGGGAUCUACGAUAUUGAUAUUAAUGAUUCAGGCAGUGAAGCCGAACUUUAGUUUCGGGAGAAAAUCGUAUGAACAAGGGUUAGGUCUUGGGGCUUCUUUCUUGUCUUUCAGUUGAACGACAUAAGGUGCGGUAAUUGGGUGAAAUGCAAACUUUGCGUUAGUCUGGACGACUUACAUAUGAAGAGGGUUAAGGAAAGGAGUGGUUCCGAUUUACGCGUAAGUGUGCGGAGGCCUUCAUGGGGUUUCUUGAUUGUCUUUCGGUUGAACGACAGAAGUUUGGGCGUCCGGGUUGAAAUGCAAACUCGGUAAUCUUCAAAAUAAGAGUUUGACUGGACGAAGAUUUAGUUUUUUCCAGUUAAUUGUCGACCGAGUAACACUGACAAUAUGAAUAAGCCAAGCGGGUUCGCACUGUGAAUAUACAAAGACACGUCGACCAAAUAUACAGCUAGCAAAUAGACAAUCUUAUUCGUAAAUAAACUACCGUGCUCUUUCAUAUGACAUCUGCUUUCGUCAGUGUAUCCGUCAAGACGAUUUCUCGCAGGCCCGCGGUGCUCGAAGGUCAAACUGAAUCGAAAAUGGCGCCAGCCACUAUAUAUUGACUAUUAAGAGACAAGACCACUAAUGAAUAUUCAUAGGUUGGAGGGUCGAGGCCUAUCAAUUAGACGAGUGCAUGUUUUUAACUCUCAAGUACAUAUUUGGAGAGGUAUUGAAAAAAUAUUUGCUGUGGCAAGUCUACAGAUAUGAAGAAAUUAUUUGAUGAAAAAAUUAAUUUCGAAUUUUGCUAAUUGGGUAAUAGGGGGCGUGUUUUGAGUUUUUUCUGCCAGUUGGCAGAAAAGAGUGGAAAUAUCAAAGUCUGUCUAAUUUGUCGAUUAUCAAAAAAUUUCCGGGGUCAACUACCAGUUUAUUUUUCACCAUUUACUUGCCCGACUGUCCGGAAUAACAUAAUCUAAAUUUCAGAUUCACAACCGCACGCAGUAUUUGAUGCGUCGCGGUCAAACAUUGACAAUGUAACUGCUAAAAGGCUUAAAAAAUCAAUUGUGGUCUUGUCUCGUUAAUCAUACUAGUGUUGUGUCGCCAGCUAAUGAAAUGUUCACUUUAGGUGGUCUUAACCACACAGUAGCUACAUACAUUUGAUGUAAUGAAAUCGAUAAAUAAACAAAAUAUUCUCACGGGACAA